AUGGAAACAAAUGAUAUGAUUCUCAUGUUCGCAGCUAGCGAAUCUCAAAAUAAAGAUUCUUCGCCGGCGCCAAAUCCUGGGCCGACAGAGCUCGAAAAUGUCCCGUCCAUAGUGCAGAGUUCCCACGUAACAAGCCCUUCUGAUCAGGGAAUCCCUCCGUCGAGCACAACACAAGCUAAGCCUGCUGACGAGAAGUCCCUUCCGCGUUCAUUGUCAUCCUCGAAGCUCAAAUCGGGAUUUGAAGAACUGCCGCGUCCCAUCGAUGCUGCUUCAGUCAAGGACGACAAGACCCGACUGAAGAAUUCGCAGUCUCCCCGCAGGUGUUCCCCCGAAGUGGGAUUGCCUCGCAAUGGCACAAGUGCUGGUGCUACUAAAGACGAUUAUCCAAUAACCGUGCAGGACACGACACAACACCCUGUGUCAGAGCCAACAGCGGCGGAAGGUGAUGAACAUGUAUGCUGCCAGGAAAAUUUCAAAAAAAAGGUUAAGUUGGCCGAGUGGGUCGCAUUUACGUGUGUCACUGGGCUUCUGAUCGCGAGCUUGACAGUUCAGAAGCUGCAAAAGACAGAUAUUUGGGAGCUGGAGCUGUGGAAAUGGUGUGUGCUGGUGUUGGCAAUCUUUUCGGGUCGGUUAGUAAGUGAGUUCUUGAUGAUCACUUUGGGUUUCUUGAUUGACGGGAAACUCUGGCUCAAAGAGAAGGUCUUGUACCUUCUCUAUGGAUUGAAGCACAGUGUGCAAGUCUUCAUCUGGUUAGUUUUCGUUCUUUCUGUCUGGGGUUUGCUGAUAUACAACGGAUCGAAGAGAUCGACGCACGCAAGGGAGAUACAAAGUUGCGUGACAAGGGCUCUUGCUUCUUGUCUCGUAGGAGCUGCCAUAUGGUUUAUCAAAACGCUGCUUUUAAAAUUGCUUGCUGCUUCCUUUCACUACAAAGCGUUCUUUGAGCCUAUCCGUGGGAUCAUCUAUCACCAACAUGUGAUCAAGACCCUUUUGGGAAACCCUUUGGUGGAACGGGAAGGCAAGAUCAAAGGGCGGCUCAAUUUCAUGGAGUGCUUCAAUGGAGUGACAGAGAAGCUAGAGGAGGUAAUUGAUGCGGAGAUUGUGACCCUGAAGAAUGGACAUCGAAUUUCAGCCUGGAAUAUGAGGAGGUUGAUCAACGGUAUUACCGGCUUAGGGAUAUCUAUCUUUGACAGGAGCCUUGAUCAUCCAGAUCAGGAUAUCCAUACUCGCUCAGACGCUGCAGAUACUGCUAGGGAGAUAUUUAAGCAUGUAGAUCGAAAGGGAAAGGGGUGCAUUAAAAGGGAAGACCUCAGGAGCUUCAUGAAGGAGGAGGAUGUUGCCAAAUUCAUCCCUUUGGUUCAAGGACCGGAGGCAGAGGGUAAUGGAACGAUCGACGAGCCAACUCUAGAGAAAUGGCUGGUAAGUUCAUACUUGGAAAAGAAAUUACUCGCCUGCACCUUAAAAGAUGCGGAUACGGUCAUCGAUGAUCUGAACAGGCUUGUGUCGGCAAUCGUGCUUGUCGUGAUUACCAUCGUGUCGUUACUUAUCAUGGGACUUUUGACAACGGAAACACUCAUUUUUAUCUCAUCUCAGCUUUUGCUUGUGGUGUUUAUGUUCGGUAACACAGCCAGAACCGUGUUUGAAGCCGUCAUCUUCAUAUUUGUGACACAUCCGUUCGAUGUGGAAGAUCGUUGCGUCAUCGAUGGAGUGCAGUUGGUUGUCAAGAAGAUGGAUAUUUUGACCACGACCUUCAUGCGAUAUGAUGGCGAAAAGAUAUACUACCCUAACUCAGUUCUGGCCACCAAACCGAUUAGCAAUUUCAACAGGAGCGGCAAUAUGGGCGAUUCUGUCGAGUUCACCGUCGAUUUCUCUACUUCAGUUACUAGGAUUGCAGAUUUAAAGGAGCAAGUGAAGAAGUACUUGGAAAGCAAGCCUAACUACUGGAAGAAGGAGCACAGCGUAGUGGUCAAGGAGAUUGAGGAUGUCAACAAGUUGAAGAUGGGUCUCUUCGUCACCCACACGAUAAAUUUCCAAAACCCCGGGGACCGGAGCAGCCGGAGAUCCGAACUCGUGCUGGAGCUGAAGAGAAUCUUCGAAGAAGUCGGUAUCAAAUACCGUCUGCUUCCUCAGGAACUUCAAGUCGGCUAUGCCGGGUCCGCAGCGUGGCCUUGAAUCCUCCAGGAGAAAAGUUGCUGGUGACCAGCAAGUACGCGAGGACGUGAUUGUUUUGCUUUCCUUGAUCAUCAAGUCACAUUGCAUUACACCUAUGGAACCACUGUAUCUUUUGAAGAGAAUGCUCAUUAGGAG